AAAGGGGAAACCAACUUUCUUUUCAUGCCUUUUCUGACGCCCGUGAAGCAUGAAACGACAUUGGUAUCAUAAAUUGUAAUAAGGAUACCAUUAAUAGAGUAAAAAAAAUGUCAGAAAACCAUGUGUCGGGGAUGGAGGCGUCCGCUGUGUCUGUGCUGAAGCGAGCGGUGGAGUUGGACCAGAGCGGGCGGCUUCAGGAGUCUCUGGUCUGCUAUCAGGAGGGCAUUCAGCUACUCAUAGACGUCCUCAAAGCUUUAAAAGAUGAGUCAAAAAGAGGACACUACAGGGACAAGAUCAAGGGUUACAUGGACAGAGCAGAGCAAAUCAAAGCUCACGUGAACCAGAUGAAAGAAGAUGGGAAAUACCAUGAGCAGAUAAAAAUAUCAGACGAUGCCACUGGUUACAGUUAUGAGGCUUUGUUUAAGCCUUACAUCAGCAACGCUCUCACAGAGGUCUGGGUUGAGGACCCGUACAUACGUCACACACAUCAACUGUACAACUUCCUGCGUUUUUGUGAGAUGCUGCUGAAAUCGUGCUGCAAGGUGAAACUCAUCCAUCUCCUCACGUCACAGGAUGAAGCUGACAGCAGCCAGCAGAGCAGCGCUCUGUCUGAGCUGAAGGACAGCCUGAGUGCUCAGGGAGUGACUCUGGAUCUGCAGUACUCCUCCACCAUACAUGACAGAGAGAUCAGGUUUGACAAUGGCUGGAUUAUAAAAAUUGGAAGAGGGUUGGAUUACUUCAAGAAGCCCAAGGGCAGAUUCUCUGUCGGGUAUUGUGACUAUGACCUGAGGCCGUGCCAUGAGACCUCUGUAGAUAUUUUCCAUACAAAACACACAAAAACUUUGAAGGAUUCAUGAUGUCAAUAAAUUCUUUCUAACUUAAAGUGGACAUGUCAUGCUUUUAAAUCCUUAUUUUUCCACAUUUAAAUCGUUCAGUUGGGGAUUUUAUAAAGUGGAACUGACAUGCUUUGGUCUGCAUUCCUCCUUAUUCUAACUUUACCAGCCCCUCUUUCACCCCGUUUCUGAUGUGUGCCUCAAAGCAACUUGUUUUCAUACUGUUCCUUUGAGGCAGUUCAAGCCUUAAAGGAAAGUACGCAACAAAAUCCAUAUAAUGGUUAAAAGUGUUUUUUGCAUGAUACGUCCCCUUUUACAAACAUUGAUAAGAUUUUUUGCUUUUUUAUUUCCUUUGCAUUGAUUUUUCAUUUUCAGAGGUAACUGCAACAAUAAAUCUAUUUCAUGUCACUUUAACAGUUCUUUUGGUACAUCUAAAACUUUUUUUAUAACUUUGAAUGUAAAAAUAAUAAUAACGUAUUUUGGCAUUUUAUGGAUUUGUUGGGGAGAGAAACAUUAAAAUUUUAAAACAUUUAUUAAAAAGUGUUAUUAAUAUGCUCA